AUGUCGGACAGUGAGGGCAGUUUCUCGGACAACGAGGCUCAAGUUAGCGAGAAUGAAGGCAGUGAAGAGGAAGCUUCAACCAGUCGCGGCAAGAAAAGAUCACGUUUCGACGAUGAUGAGGAUGAUGAAGACGACUACGACGAGGAGGACGAAGAGGAAGAAGGUCGUCACAGCAAGAAAAAGAAGUCUCGAGGACGCGGUUUCCUGAUUGAGGAAGCCGAAGUCGACACUGAUGUCGAAGACGAAGAGGAGUGGGAGGAAGGAGCCGAAGAGCUCAUCGCUGAAAAAGGAAGAAGCAGAGGUGGCAUCCUCGACGAUGAGAUCGGUCGUCAGGAGGGCAACCUCCACAGUCAUCGACGUCUACAAAUGAUGCUCGACCGCAAGCCGGAUGAGAUCGAAGACUAUUACAGACGCAAAUACGCAGAUCCGAAAAGUGACCAGAGAGGCUUCCGAGGGGAUCAGGGCGAUCUCGAAGCCAACGAUGACAUCCACCGACAAACUCUACUGCCCAGCGUCAAAGACCCGAUGAUGUGGAUGGUCAAAUGUCGUCUCGGUGAAGAGAAAGCGACAGCCUUACAGCUGAUGAGGAAAUUCAUCGCGUACCAAAAUCAGAAGGAACCCCUGCAGAUCCGGUCUGUCGUCGCUCCCGAAGGUGUGAAAGGCUACAUUUACAUCGAAGCUUUCAAACACACUCACAUCAAGGCCGCGAUCGACGGCGUAGGAACCCUGAAGAUGGGCAACUACGAACAAACUAUGGUUGCGAUAAAGGAAAUGACCGAAGUCCUCCGAGUCACCAAGCAGCAACCGACGCUCUCGCGUGGUCAGUGGGUCAGAUUGAAGCGUGGGGUGUACAAGGACGAUCUGGCUCAGGUGUACCAUGUGGAACAGGCGCAGAACAAAGUCGAGCUCAUGAUGAUCCCUCGGAUCGAUUACACCAAGAUGCGAGGCGCUUUGAAGAGCGCUUCCGAAUCAGAGAAAAAACGGAAGUUCAAACGACCUGUUCAACGAGCAUUCGAUGUCGAAGCUAUCCGGAGUAUAGGCGGGGAAGUCUCAACCGAUGGAGACUUCCUAAUCUUCGAAGGCCAGCGCUAUUCGAGGAAAGGCUUCCUCUACAAAGCCUUCAACAUAAACGCCAUACUCACUGAUGGUAUCAAACCGACGCUGGAAGAACUUCAGAAAUUCGACGAGCAGCCAGAGAAUCUCGAGAUAGAUCUCGGAGAGAAGAGCGGGAGCCUCGACGUCAAGGAGCAUUUCGCACCCGGCGAUAACGUCAUCGUACCCGAGGGCGAUCUCGUGAAUCUCAAGGGAAAGGUCAUCACUGUCGACGGUACGAAGGUCACGAUUCUCCCGAAACACGACGAGCUCAACGAUCCCAUCGAGUUCCACGCUCACGAACUGAAGAAGUUCUUCAAGUCUGGCGAUCACGUAAAGGUCCUCAACGGACGCCACGAGAACGAUACCGGCAUGAUCAUCAGGGUGGACAGCGGUAUAGCGAUUCUCCUAUCCGACCUCACCAGUGAGGAAUUGAAGGUCCGCACCAAGGACCUGCAGCUGUGCGCCGACACGGCCACUGGCGUGGAUUCUUUCGGUCAGUAUCAGUACGGAGAUCUCGUCCAGCUAGAUGCGCAGACGGUCGGUGUCAUCGUGCGUUUGGAGAAAGAGAAUUUCCAAAUUCUCUCGCAGACGGGAAAAGUGCUAUCAGUGAAAUAUCAGAAAAUCACUCGCAAAGUCGAGUCGAAGAAGGCCGUCGCUCUCGACUCUGAGCAAAACGAUAUCCACGUGAAGGACAUUGUCAAGGCCAUCGACGGUCCCCAUUGCGGGAGAAAGGGUGAAGUGAAACAUAUUUUCCGCAUCCACGCCUUCCUGCACUCGAGGCUAGUGACCGAGAACGGCGGAAUGUUCGUCUGUAAAACCAGACAUCUCGUCCUGGCCGGUAACAAGGUCCAUUCGGGAUCGAGCUCCGGCUUGGCGAUGGGCGGCUUCUCGCCUCUGUCGCCUCGCAUAUCGAGUCCGAUGCAUCCGUCAGCUGAGGGCAAGAGUCCCAUGCGUUCCCCGAUGCACGCCGGAGGUCACGGUCGAGGUGGCGCCCAUCAAGGCAAACGAGAUUUCCAUCUGAUUGGCAAGACGAUUAAAAUCAUCAAAGGUCCGUAUAAGGGCCACAUCGGAAUGGUCAAGGAUGCGACAACAUCAACAGCCCGGGUCGAGCUGCACGCUAAAUGUCAGACGAUCACCGUGGACCGUACGCGUCUAGAGCCGGCCACCAAAGUAUCCGGAAGAGCUUCUGGGGGAGCAUCUUCCUACACUCGAACGCCUUCUCAUGGUAAUGCGACGCCAAUGUACGGGAACCAGACCCCGAUUCAUGGGUCUCGAACGCCGAUGCAAGGUUCACAGACGCCCAUGUAUGAACCCGGAAGCAGGACGCCUCACUACGGCAACGAGACUCCGAGGCACGAUGGUUCACGUACUCCGUCCCACAGCACGUCGUGGGAUCAUGUCAGUACUCCUGCACGCAGCGAGGAAUUCGACGAAUAUGAACACGAACCGUCUCCCUCGUACAACCCGGCCACGCCCGGAUAUCAACCCGACACGCCGCAGGUCGGAGGACCGUUCACCCCUCAGACACCCGGGGGAAUGUACAGUUCACACGAGGCGCCAUUCUCGCCCUAUCAAGCCUCGCCGUCACCAUCGAGCAGUAGUUACCAAUUGCCGUCUCCGGGCAAUCCUCUCACGACUCCUUCGCCGAUGGGUUACAACAACCCCAAUUCGCAGUUCUUCUCGCCCAUGACCCCCGGUGUGGCAGCGAGUCCUUUCAAUAACCCGCAAACACCUGGUGGGGGAAUGGAUCACAUGCCCAUGGAAUGGCAAGCCGUCGAUCUCGAAUGUCGGAUUCGAGCCUUGGAGAAUAAGGACAAGGGGCUCGUCGGACAACAGUGUAUCAUCACAGGCAUCUCCGGCAACGUUUGUUCAGUGCUGCUCAUAAAAGAGGAUCGCGUCAUCAGCGUGGACUCGCACUAUCUGGAGCCGGUUAGGCCACGCGAGAACGAAAGAUGUAAGAUCAUAUCGGAAGGAGGCGAGGAGGAAGGAAUUGUCGUCGACAUCAAAGACGAGAACGACGUCGUCGUUAUGGUCGGAGAUAGGCAUCAGAAAUAUCGAAUAUACGAUCUGUGCAAAGUAGGUAGUAAAGAUUAA